UUGGCACCGUAUGGAAGCUUCAAAACACCCUUUAAACUAGCCUUCAACAUCACAAACUCUCAUACACACAACAACUAACACCGAAAAACGUAGUCAUUGCAAAUCAUGGCACAUCAUAGCCUCACAAAUAAUGUCCACUACAAAUCCAUUCAAUCAUUAGUCUUUUCCUUUCCACACCCUUUUCUUGUAAUCUAAGUUUUUUCUUCUUUUUCUUUUAACUUUUCUCAAUUUAUACCCAUUCUCACCCGAGAGAGCUCACAACAAGAAGAAGAAAAGAUGACCUCAGUUUGCAUAUCGCACUGCCUGAACGAUGCACGUGUUCCGGUGAGGGCAACGUACGUGAACCUUUACAAGUGGCCGGAAUCGGAUGCGGAGUUUGUGAGGUCAGUGAGUUCCAACAGAGAAAAGGGUUCCCAUGUGUACGGACACCCGAGGGUGGUGGACAGUAUCUCCUGCAGGCAGAUGUAUCUGAGAAGCUACACCUUCUCCAGGGAAGAAGAUAAGGACGGCGACAAAGCUCAGAAAUGUUUUGGCGUGAAGAAGAAGAAGAAACGUGAGAACAACAACUCAAAGCCCGAGACUGGGAAAAGAAAGUGCUUCGUUUGGAGUAAGGCUAAGGAGAUCUCAUGUUCUGCUUUGUCUAGGUUUUUCCGAAGGGUCUUGUUCUGCUCCGCCAGUGUAGAUGUUGUCCACGAUAAAUAUUGAAUUUUUUAUUUUUAACCAAGUUCUCGAUUUCCUUUUUCUUUAUAUAUAUAUAUAUAUAUACUCUGUUUCUAUUUAUGAUCCAGUGAGAAGAAUCUGUUAGUGUA